ACAUGCAAAAUUUUAUUGCUGAACUAAAUGUCAGCUUGCAUAUGUCUGGUCUUGUGGGGUAACCAUAUAUGUUAUGAUGAUCCGAAGAACUUCCACAAAACAAUAUAUCGAAUUAUACAUGUCCAGUACUCGAUCCCAGACUAUGUCCAUAUAUCCCCCGAGUGCAGUCAUCUCCUCUCGAGGAUCUUUGAGGCUGACACAACAAAGAGGAUAUCCAUUAUAGAAAUUAAGAAUCAUGAGUGGUUUUUAAAUAACUUAACAGCAGAUCUCAUUGAUGAGAGCUCGAUGAAUGAUCAGUUCGAAGAACCUGAUCAACCUAUGCAAAGUGUUGAUGAAAUCAUGUCGAUCAUUUCCGAUGCCACUAUCCCGGCAACGAAUAAAAAUAAUCUCGAUCAUUAUUUGACUGGUUGCCUGGACCUUGAUGAUGAUAUGGAGGACCUUGACAAUGAUUCCGAACUAGACAUCGAUAGUAGUGGCGAGAUAAUAUAUGCAAUGUGAUUCCGGUCGUGCCAAUGUGUUACU